CGAUGGUUCAAUUUAGUGAGUCUGAAGCCGUCGACAUAUCAAUUUGUGUUCGGUUAAUUUGCACAUACACAUUUCAUUUCAAUAGUUUUUUUUCUUCUUUCGUUCAGAGCAUAAGUCAUACGCAGUGAAGAAGUGUCCAACUCAAAUUAAAUCAACACAACGUAUUCGAACAAGGUAAAAAUUUGAGGCGUUUGUAUUAAAAAAAAUAUAAAUAGAUUAAUUGAAUGUGUGUUGCAUUAAUUUGGAUGGUUCCAUUUUGGUCAAGAAAAUCCAUUAUUUUUACUCUCUCGCCGACAUUUGUCCCGUCGGUAAGUGCACAAGAAAUUGUGUAAAUUGGUCCCGUUAUAAUAAUAAGUACGCGUACCGAUUCAGCGAAGUGUACACAAGCCAAAGUAGAAAUUAUGAAUAUGACUGCGACUGAAUAGCAGAGAUAAGAGUGCGCCUACCAAACACCAGUGCAGUGGUAUUGUGUGUCUGAGUGUGUGCGUAAUCGGGUAUAUUGUGGCUGGCUGCCUGGCUAAACAUUUGGAAUUGAGUUAGUGCGACUGCGACUGCGUAUGUUCUUUAGUUGCUUUGAUGCGAAUUCAAUUCGGUGGAUUUUUUUCUCUCAUUUUGCUACAGAUACACGAGAAAAAGUUGUGUGCCACUAUACAGCAAUGGCGAAGGUAGCCGGAGAGAAGAUAGUUGAAACACCAAAAGAGCACGAUGAAAGUGCUACAAAUGGUGAUACCAGCAAAUUGGAAUACAGUGGUCUGAGCGAAGACACGUUGUGUACUAAUGAAACACAGAAUAAAUCCAUUGCCGACGAAAUCGCACAAGAUUUCAAUGAAGAUUUAGAUGAGCACAGUGCACCCGUACCAUCGGCCAAAGCAAUCAAACGCGAAAUCACUGGAAGUCAUCCAUUCAACGAUGAUGAUUUUCCAAACAAAACAUUGACCACAUUGGAAACGGUCAAGAAACCGGCACAGCCAAACGAUUCCGAAGAAAUCGAAAUUUGUCCCAUCGAAACGGAAGAAGAUGAAUUCGAAGAGGAACCGAUCUUACUCGAAGUGGUAAACGAAGAUGAAGAGAAUAAAGAGAGUGAAGUGGCGGUAAAACCGGUGACGUAUCGGAAGCCCACACAAAUCGCUGCUCUAGCAAAUGAUGUGCGAACAAAAAUGCAAACGCCAAAAAUGAACAACAAAACCGUUCAAAAUGAUUCGAUUGUGACGCCAAACAAACCGAUUCCAACACCAUCUGCAGGUACCAUUGAAAUUCCAAGAGAAUUAAUAACAUCAGAUGCCAGUGCUAUAUCGCCGCUUAUAAUAAAUCAUAUAAAAACUCCGUUAGCUAACAGUGAUGAUUUAAUUGCUAUUUUAGAGGGCGAUGAUAAUGGAUCGGCCAAUGCAUCGGUGGCACAUUACGAGCUGUCGCUGUCGAGUGGAAACACGAACGGUGAACAGAAAUUAGUAUUGACGGCUGAAGAAGAGCGUGAAAUCGCCAUGGAGCAAAUUAUGAGUUUGCCGAAAAAGAAGAAAGGCCGUCCAAAGCUCAAUCCAUCGGUGAAGGCGGCACGCGAAGCACGAUUGGCGAAAAAACCGAAGUGUGUGGCAUUGGUCAAUUCAUUGGUAUCCGAUUGGGAUGAGGGUAAGCAGGAUGAAGCGACCGAAACGGAAAUCGUUGUUGAAAUUCGGCCGCAGAAAAAGCAAGCAAUUGUUGAGCCAACCGAACCAACAUUCCGACGUUCACGAAUUAUAAAAAAGAAAAUUAUCUGGGACCCAGAUGCGCCCGAAACGGCCAUCAAUUACGCAAGCCUGGCGCACACAUCCGGAGCUGGACCGGCAAAGAGACCGCGCAAGAAGAAAGACUCCGAACCAUCGGAAGGGAAUGAAUCGCUAACUGAAGAAGUGACAUUGCCUUCAGUUCCGGCACCGAAAAAGAAGAAAACCUCGGAAAUUGACAAAUUGCUGGGUGAUGAAGGUGCGGCAAACAUGUUGAACUCAUUGCACCAGGGCAACAACAAUAAUGUCAAGGCAAUCGAUGGCACAAGUCCAAGCAAAAUUCCACGUGCAAAAGCGAUCAAAGUCGAACCGUGCAAUGUACAAAGUACAACACCAGUGACAGCCAAGGCAAAGGCGACCAAGGUAAAAGAGGCCAAAGAGCCAAGUCCACAGAAACAACCACAGAAUGCAAACAAAAAAAAUGUUACACCAAAAAGUGGUGUUGGUGGUGCCGCUGGCAAAAAACGUGGUUCAAAAACGUCCGACUCAUGGGAUUACAUUUAUAAAUCUCGUCCCGACGACUGUAUGAUCAUUCGACGACGAUCAAACAGUUCAUAUUCCAGCGGGGCCAGCCUGAAUCGUACAAGUAUUGAUUUGCCAAAUGCACCAUAUGUUGGCGAUUUUGAUGGCGUUGACAAUGAUCACGAGCCAGAAAUGCCACCCAACAAACGACCGCGCUCUAACAAAGACAAGAACUUUGAGUUUGCCCGACCACGAGCCAAGAAAAUUGGAAAACCCGAUGCUGAACCAAAGUAUCCGACCAGUUUUGAUGAGGCCAAAAAUUCCGGUGUCGUUGUCAAUGACGUGUUCACGAACCAUAAAGCAAUCAAAAAUGCCAAAUCCGAUGAAAAUGUCGAUUUCGCUGCGCUACCCAUCAAAUUGGAAAAUGGCAACGACAAAGACGCAUCAUUCACACAGAUUUCAUUGUGUCGUUACGAAAAUUUCACACAAAUCAUCCUCCAACCAGACGCAACCGAUUCAAAGUCUUUGCUUACUGUACAGAUGUUGAAAGAAAUCGAGACAGCCUUACAUUCGCUGGAAAGUGAUAAAACGACAAAAUUGGUGUUGUUAACAUCGUCCGCUGACAAUUUCUGUGGUGGUGUUGACUAUUCGUCUCUUGUGCAAUCAACGGGUGAAAAACGACGCACUUCUGCAUUGGAUUUGGCAAAGAAGCUAAAUAAUUUCAUCCAAGUGUUGGCCGCAUUCAAAAAGCCAUUUAUGGUUUAUGUGAAGGGUCUGGUAAAUGGUUUGGGUGCAAGAAUAUUACCACUGUUUGAUGUUGUUUGGGCCGAAAGUGGCGCUUCAUUCAGUGCAACAGUUCAAGAUUAUGGUGAGAUAAUCGAAGGAACCGCUUUGUUAUCAGCAACCGAUAAAAUUGACUACAAUGCCAAAGCCAAGCUGUUAUUUUUAAACGAAGUGAUGGACGCAGAAGAGGCCAAAGAUUGCAAAAUCGUAACCCAGGUACUUAAAGAAGGAACAGCCGAUCAACGCGUUCUGAUUGAAUGCGACAAAUUGGCCACGAAAUCGUCUUUGGUAUUGGAAACGUUCAGACUGAUUCAGCAACAAAAUGUGCUUCCGAAGCUGAAAGACUCGUUGAAAAUCGAGCAAAAGCAAUUGUUGCAACAGUGGACGAAAUCGGAUUUUGUGGAGAAAAUCAAAGCACAACAAUAGUUUAUUAAAUCGAUACGAUUUAUGCGCGCGCGCGUCGGCAACAAUUGCCGGCCAGCACUACAAAAACCAUACAUUUCUUCACAUUGCAUUCUUAAUAUAUAGACAGAUUUGAUUUCCAUCUUCUAUUAAUUUUUUUUUCUUCCCUCUUGAACUUGACUAUCAUUCAUUUAACAUUUUGAGCUUAUCGUUUUAAGAAGAGAAAAGUUUUUUCUAAGUUACGAAGUUUAUACGUAUAUACUAGAUUAUUAGAGAAAACAGAGAGAUACAUUUAUUUUAGUUGAAACAGAAGAAAGUUGAAGAAAACUACGUAUAGGUAGUAGAUAUGUUGAAGUGGCCUUAAGUUUAUUUAGUGUUCAACGUUCGACUGGAGCGUUGUCAAAAUAACGAUGAAAUAAGAGACAGAAAUAUUCACAAUGAACGAACUCAACCAUUUUGUUAUGGCGUAAUUGAUUUAUGUCUUCACAUUUAAACAGAAACAAGUGUCAAAUUAAUAAUGUUAAAUGAAUUGAAUUCGAAGCUCGAUGUUAGCUAUUGAAACGUAAUAUUAGAAUCGCAUUCACACCGUUCAGGGAUUGACAAAUUCACACAAGAAAAAAACAACAACAACAGCAACAUCCUAUUGAAACCAAUUUAAUUUUAAUUGCAAUUCGUUAAUGAUCAGAGGAUAAAUUCGACACAAACCCAUUUUGAGACGAAAAGAAAACCCUACAAAAUUGAAUCCAAAACAAAACACAAAUACAACAAACGAAAAUGUUAUUCAUUUUCCAAGUGCAAAGAAUACUAGAUAGGAAUGAUUUUCAAAAUCGUACAAAUUUUGUUCUCUUUAAUUCUUCCUUUGGUUUAACAUAAAAUUGCUUCCAUUCAAAAUCACAUUUAAUUCGAAUGACACAGAUAAAAAAAUGAAAAUUGUGUUUUAUUCCUCACUUUACAAUGGGUAAACAUGUUAUUUUGUUACACAUUAUUCGUGGCACAUUUUUAUAUGGAUCGGAUCUCAUUCAUUCGAGCCGAUUAAAUUCGAAAAGCAAGAAAAAAACAAUAAAAUCAAAUUAAAAUCAUUAAAACGAA